AUGUCUCUAUGGUUUGACCACUGGCACCCUAGAGGCCCCCUAAACCUGUUGUUCUCGGAGUUGCUCAUCUUUAGUUCACGGCUUUCUAGGCAGGCGACGGUAGCGGACUUGUUCUCUGAUUAUGGCCAGGCUCUCAAGGUCUCUUUGGAGUCAUGGGAGCAUCCCCUUCCCGUGCUCUCUCUUAUUCCAGACCGUUUUUGUUGGCUGGAGAACUCAUCAGGGCUGUUUUCGGUUGCUUCUGCAUGGGAGACCAUCAGAUUGAAGAAGGACUUGGUGCCUUGGUUUGCAUUCAUUUGGAGCAAUGCGAUCAUUCCUCGGUAUCAAUUCAACCUUUGGCUAAUGGCUAAAAACCGGCUUCCCACCCAGGUUCGCUUACUUUCCUAUGGAAGAAUUGAGAGUGCAACUUGUGCUUUCUGCAACUCUAGACCUGAUUCUUUAGAUCACUUAUUUUUUGGUUGCCGCAUCUCUGCUAGUCUUGCUUUUUUUUGGGCUGCGAGAUGCAACCUCCCUUGGCAAAACAGGUCUUGGUCAGAUAAUCUUCAAUGGGCUAUGAAGUUUCUUUCAGGCAAAGAGUUCCAUCACUGCAUUGCUCGGUUCUCCUUUGGAGCCCUGUGCCAUAUGAUUUGGAAGAAGAGGAACGGCAUCCUCUUCAGGGAAGAAACUUUGGUGGUCCCAGCUUUGAAGAACCACCUCAUCAAAGUGGUUAAGAAUAAGGCCUUAAUUUUUACCAACGUUGCGGACACGACUAGACAUAGGAGGUUUCAACGCAAUUGGGGCGUCGACCCAUCCAUUUUUUCUCCUUUGGUCGGGACUUCGCCCCUCUAA